UGCAAAGCAAAGUCAAGUCCAGAGCUUUUCAAAUAGUUUUUGCAUUAUCGUUAUGAUUAAGAAAGGGUACUAUAACCGUACGUUUAUUUGUUCAACAUGAAUAAAAUCCGUAACGGCAAUUUUUUAUGCUAGUGAAAACAUUUUAUAAUUAAAGUUUUCGCAAAGCGCGGCAUAAUAAUUCCUCAGUUCGUCAUAAAUGUAAAUUUCCAAAUAUUUAGCAUAGUUCCAAAUCUGUUUGUUCCGCUCCUGUAGAGGAACAGGGUGGUAAUAACGAAAGAACGAAUUCCAUGAUACCAAAAUGUGUCAGUAAAAAGUCUGUAAAAUUUCCUGGGGAAUGUAAUCUUGUUACGUGUGUGAUAGAUCCAGUUGAUCCUUGGUUAAACAGACAGUGCUUAUCACCUGCUGAGUUAAUCAGUGUUUAUAAAUUUCAAUGUAAUCUCUCUUCGAUCCAACCUUUGUAUAGCGUCAUUUCACAGUUACAAUCUAUAGAUUUGAGGCAGUCCCUAGAACGGAAACACGUUUUUAAUCUUAAGGGUUGUCAACUUAAUGGUGGACAUAUUGAUAUGCUGGAAUAUGUUUUCAAAUACGUCCAAUUUCAAUACGUAAAUUUGGAAAACACCAAUCUUGAUGACGAGUCUGUUGAAUCAUUAUAUGAAAUUUUGAGUUAUUAUGAAACAUGUACAGGAUUGUGUUUGGCUCGAAACCCUAAUGUUACGUCUACCGGCUGGAUCCCUGUCGCUUUUCUAUUUCGAGAAGUGCCGUAUAUGGAAUGGCUUGAUUUAAGAGAAAACAACUUGGGUUUAACUUUUGUACAAAUAUUAUCAUCAUCUCUUCGUAUACCACGAAAAGAAUUUAAACCAAAAGAGUUUAAAAAAGAAAGUUUUGAUAAAAAUUGUAAUCGUCUCUCCGAGAAAUUAUCUGAUAAGGAUACUUUCAAAACUUCUAAGGAUGUAUCGAUUACAGAAUCAAAUUUAAGCUCAUCAAAAACACUGCCUUUUCAUUCACGUGGGUUACAUUUUGGUAGUACAGGUAUUAAUGGGCAAUUAUUACAUAUACUAAUUCCGGGAAUUCGUUUGGGUUGUAUUACUGAUCUUCGAUUACCCGAUAAUGGAAUUACGGGAUCUGAUGCUAAAUUUUUAGUGCCACUGUUACGUUAUAGUUCUCAUCUGAAAUAUCUAGAUCUGAGUAGAAAUCUACUUGGGGACUUGGGUUGUUCAACUAUAUCACAGGCACUAGCUUCACCUUGUUUUUCAUCCGAAAUACUCAAUUCAGAUGAAAAUCAACGCGGUUUAAUCCGACUGUUUUUAUCAGAAAAUAUGAUAACCAGAUCAAGUAUGAAUAAAUUGGCAACUGGAUUAAUACGCUGCACACGUUUAACAACGUUACAAUUAUCUGGCAACUUAAAUAUUGGCUCUUCCGGUUUAUUUGAUUUAAAGUCAAGUCUUAUCAGUUGUCCAUGUUUAAAGCGUUUGGGUAUUGCAUUUUGUGGUAUUGAUCAUGAUGGUGCAGCAUGCAUUACAGAGAUAUUAUUAAAAACAACAUCUCGUUUCAAAAUAAUAGAUCUGACAGGAAAUCCUAUCGGCAUAGAAAAUUGUUUAGCAUUAUUAAACUCUUCAGCUUAUUUAGAUGAAAAAGUUAGAAUAAUAGGUUUAGAGUUUCAACCAUCAUCGUUAAUGCAAUAUGCAAGACAGUUAUCGGAAAAAGAAAAUAAUAGUCUUUUGCAUCAGAGUAAUAAUAAUUCACAGGUUCAAAGUGAUGGACUGACUCCAGAUCGAGAUUAUCAACGGCUUAAACAUAAGAAUAGGAGACAUUCUCAGAUUAUUUCACCGAAACAUUCAAUUUAUGGAAAAACUAAAUUCACUUCCUUACCUACAAUUGACUACAAUCAUAAACCAUAUUCAGAACUUAAUCCCAAAUAUUUGUGGGGUGACAGUUCAGAUGAUGAAGAUAGAGUGAAUGAUACUGAUGAUAACAAUGUAUCUGUAAUUACAAAAACAAAUAGAAAUUACCUUUCAGAACAAAACUACAGACAACCUAGCAAAAACGAAUGGACAAAACAUCAUUCCAUUAGUUGAACUGUAUACAUUUUUUCAUGAGAUUCAAAUAUUUCAUAGAAAAAUUCCUCCCGCUGUUUUCAGUCUUAACUUGAUUGUUAGAUUUAUACAAAUGUAUCAAAUAACCUUGAAUAAUGUAAAUUACACAGCUUUUACUGUGUACUUACAUCACUCAUGUAAAGUCGUCAGAUUUCUGUCAACAAUCUUUUCUAAUGAAUAUAUGUAUUUUUCCACAACUACAUUUCCUUAGAUGUACUAUGAAUCUUCGAAAUUUCAAUGUUUAACUAAAGAUUAUCAUAGCAAGGUAAAAUAUGAACUAUACAUUGAGCAGAAAAAUUAAGCUUUUCACUGAAAAGAUUUUCAUUUACAAAAUUCCUCAUGUUUCUACCAAGAUUUGAGGUAAAUAUGCAUGUCUAUGAUAAUUGGAAGUAUUUGAAUUAUAGUAUGAA